CGGUCGUUUCGUCAUUGAUCUCGAUCACGAUCAGCAGUAGUUGUUGACGACCAGCCCCCCCCCAUACACACCGAUCCCCCGACACGCCCACGAUGCACACUACACACGCAGUCGUGGCUGACGCGAUGGCGCUGGCGUGGAACAACCGAUUCGACGAGGCUGCCGCUGCUCUCGAUGUGGCGAUGACGGAUGGGCUUGGCCUUGGAGAGGGCGAGGGCGAGGGCGAGGGCGAUGACCAGUUAGGCGAGAUCCCGGUCCUGGUCUCGUUUAUCACCGGAUCGGUCGACGACAAGCACGAGGCGCUCGAGCGACUGAGCAAGGCGCUGGAUGCGGCGGCGGCAGUGGGCAGGGAUUCGGGCCUGUACGCGCUUCGCAAGUCGUGGCACGGCUUUCGCGCACUUCGCGACGAAGACGUUGUUGGUGAGAGUGCCGGACUCUCGCUGCAGCUCGACUACGGGCUGGGGCUGAUGUACUUUCUGAUUGCGCUGGCGCCCAAGGGCAUGGCGUCGAUGAUACUGCGGCUGAUCGGGUUCGAGGCCGACCGCGAUGCCGGGCUGGCGAGCUUACGAAAGGUGGUCAACGCCGGGCCAAAGGCGUCGAUUGCUGCGCCGUGGGCGCUCGCCGUCCUCCUUGCCAAUAGCCUCUACUUUCCGCGCGGCUUUGGCUCCAACGUGGACAUCCUCGACGACGCACGCGGCUUGCUCGACCUCGCGCUCCACCACUGGCCGACCUCGUCGCUUUUCCACAUGCUUCGCGGCCAGCUCGCCCGCAAGGUCGGCAAUCCGGGUGAGGCAGCCGCAGCGGCAGAGGCGGCACUGGCAGCAUCGGCGGGCAUUCCUGUCGCGCAUUUGUAUGCGGCCGAUGCUGCCAGUGCCGCCUUUGCUGCCUGCGCCUGGGCCGACGCGGUGCAAUUAUUUAGUGCGUUGCUCGACGCCACCGCGCCGUCGGGCGCGUCGGGCAAGAGCUCCCGGACUGCGUUCGAGAUUCGCGGUCUGUGCGCGCUCUGCUAUGCGGCGGCGCUCGCGCAGCUGCCAGGCCGCAGUGCCGAGGCCGCAGACGCGCUCGCUCGCGUGCCCAAUUACGUGUGCAAGAGUUCGCGGUUCGAUGCGCUCGCGAGCGAGACUGCGACGCGGAGCGCCAAGCUCGGCCCGGCCGGCCUUGCGCUUCUCGCCUUUGAGAUCACAUAUCUCAAGCGCGAGCUCAAGCCGAUGCGCGGCGUGGUGCUCGCCACGUACGCGGCCGGGCUUGAGGACGCGAGUGCCGAAGCCGAUGGCGACGCCGCACUCAUCGCCGGCCUCCUCCGCGCGGCGGUCGCGGUCAACGCCGGCGAGCUCGAGGCUGCGGCAGCGGGGCUAAGCACAGUUGCCUCCUCCGAGCCGGCACACGCUAGCCACGUGGUGCCGUACGCACAGUUUGAGCUCGCUGAGCUGGCGUACAGCGCUGGGAACUUGGCCGGCGCGCGCGAGUGGCUCGACCGCGCCGAAGCCUGCUCGGGCUACGGCUGGCAGGCGCCGCUCGAGCUUCGGAUUAAGCAGGCGAGGAAGCAGCUCGCGUAGGCUAGCUUGCGGGAAACGGGUCUGGGAGCGAUACAGGCGGAAAGAGCGGUGCAACAAGCCGCUCAAAGUGCUUGACCGACGAUGGGAGCAAUUCUUGGAGGCUCGAGCCAAAGACAGCGGCAACGAGCGGCGAGUGGGCGAUAAAGUCAAGAAAAGCGUAGA